GCCCCGCCCGCCCUCCACCUGGUGCCGUUGUACUCGGCCGCCCGCCGCUUCUCAUUCGUGUCGGGACGGCGGGAGGAAGAGCAGCAUACGGCUGGAGCUCCUGUCAGCGAGAUCACUCUUGCCGGCCUGUGGACUGCCUGCUGGACUGUGAUCUGCCCGCCGGUCUGUGACCCGCCUGCUGGUUUGUGACCUGCCUGCUGGUCUGCGUUCUGCCUGCCGGUCUGUGACCUGCCUACAGAUGUUGCUGUUUGUGCUGGUGAUGGGGCUGGCGCUGGUGGCGCCAUCUCUGGCCGACACGCCAGCCAACUGCAGCUUCGAAGACAUCCGCGGCAGCUGGACCCUCUACGAGGGUCGGCCCGUGGGCAACAACGCCAUACACUGUCCCAGUCACAACACAUUCGACAAGAAGUUCAACGUGCUUCUGGAGUACCCUGACUUAGCCGAAGACCAGUACGGCAACGUCGGCACCUGGACCAUCAUCUACAACCAGGGUUUCGAAGUGCGCCUGAUGGGUCGCGUCUACUUCGCCUUCAGCGACUAUAACGAGAACGGCGACGGUAGCGUGGACAGCCUCUGCCAUCGGACCAAGACGGGCUGGUCGCACGAUUUCAUGACCCACAACUGGGCCUGCUUCCGCGGCCAGAAGCUGAUGCAAGUCGAGCCGGCGCCUGCCUCGCACCAGAUGGUCCGCGAGGCAAGUGACCAGGUGAUGCACAGGAACAACCAGGACCGAGUCAACUUCAUCAACAGCGGUGACUUCGGCUGGACAGCAGCGGCCUACCCCGAGCACGAGCAGUUCACGCGCUUAGACAUACAGCGCCGCUCCGGCGGGCACCUGUCGCGCGUGUACGGCAUGAGCCGGCUGGGCUCGCCGCUCUCCUCACGCCAGGAGCGCGCGCUCCGCGACCGGCUGCCGCGCGCCUGGGACUGGCGCGACGUCCGCGGCGUCAGCUACGUCUCCCCCAUCAGGAACCAGGGAACGUGCGGCUCGUGCUACGCGUUCGCCUCGAUGGCGGCGCUGGAGUCACGCGUGCGCAUCCUCACCAACAACACCAUGCAGCCUGUGUUCUCACCGCAAGACAUCGUCAGCUGCAGCCAGUACAGCCAGGGCUGCGCCGGCGGCUUCCCCUACCUGGUCGCCGGGAAGUACGGCAUGGACUACGGCGUCGUCAAGGAGUCGUGUAAUCCGUACAAGGGCACAGACACCAACCAGUGCACCACCGACCCCAGCUGCCACCGCAUCUUCACCUACGCCUUCCGCUACGUUGGCGGGUUCUACGGUGCCUGCAGUGAGCUGGAGAUGAUGCGCACGCUGGUGGAGAAGGGUCCGCUUCCGGUGGGAUUCGAGGUUUAUCCAGACUUCAGGGACUACUCGGGCGGCAUCUAUCAUCACGUCACCAGCACCAGGAAGUUCGGCUUCGAUCCCCUCGAGCUUACCAAUCACAACGUCCUGCUCGUGGGAUAUGGGGAGGAGAACGGCAGGAAGUACUGGAGCGUCAAGAACUCCUGGGGAGACAACUGGGGCGAGGAGGGCUUCUUCAGGAUCGAGCGCGGCACCGACAUGUGUGGCUUCGAGAGCUUGGCCGUUGACAUUGACGUGAGCCCCUACUGAACAUAUCAGUAGCACAUACUGCUGCAAGUCAUUCAAUACUGAUGACAUCAGUAUAUCCUGAUGGCGCCAGAGCACGGGUUGAUGCUCUAGCCUAGAUUGAUGGCACGAUCGACGAUUGUCAACUGAUUAUCAACUCUUGCUCCUUAUUGCCAAUGACGUCACAGCAACUGAGUGACGUCAUCGGUGUACUAGCGUCGGCGUCGUGGAGCGGAACGCUGAGGGCGCGCGUAGUCGUGCCAGGUCGACGACUGUUGCAUGUCUCUCCCUUAUUUAGUGUUUGUUUCGAUGAAGUCUGCUUGCAAGCGAGACUGCAAAAUAUUUAAUGCUAUUUCCAUGUUGGAUCGCCUAACACUCAUGCCCUAUUUCUAAAGCCAAGGGUGCGGAGGAUUCAUGUAUUGUAUCUGACUAUCUUUACAUUGUAGUACUCGUGCGCUGCCGGCCUUGCUGCGGUGUGUUCCGGAUGCGUGCACCCCUGCGAGGGCCGGUGAUGCUGUGCCGGCGGACACGCUGCCAGCAGCCUGUGACCGGUCGCGGUCGGUAACCUGGGCUAGCCCAGACACACGUACACACACACACACACACACACACACACACACACACACACACACAC